AUGGAAAGGUUUAGGGAAGCAAUUGAUAAAUGUGAUCUUAGUGACUUGGGCUAUAGUGGCUCUAAGUUCACUUGGUGUAACAAAAGGGAGAGGGAAGAGUUUACAAAGAAGCAAUUGGAUAGUGCCCUUGGGAAUGGUUUCCUCUCAUUGCUAUGCAGCAACUGUGAAGUUCAUGUCCUACCUGUUCUUAAUUCUAACCAUUCCCCCUUAUUGGUUUCCUGUGACAAUGGUGAAGAUGAGGUCAGAAGAACUCAGAGAAUAUUUAGAUAUGGGUCAUACUGGUUUAGCAACCAGGAGUAUAAGAGAAAGAAUAUCAAGCUUAAGAGUGAUAUGAUCCAAGAGCUACAGAGACUAAACCAAUAUGAUUUUAAUGCUACAAUUAAGGAGCCGCAAGUUGAAGUGGAUGGUCUGCUGGCAGAUGAGGAGACAAAAUGGAGGCAAAGGUCUAAGCAACUAUUAACAAGGUUAUGCAAAAAUUUUGGUGGGGAAGUUGAGGUGACAGAACCAAAACUCAGUGGUUAUCUUGGAAACUAUUAA